AAAAUGUUGAUAAAUUAAUAAUGGAAAGAAUGGGCCUCCCCCAUCACUCCUCCACCUCACCUUCACCAUCUCCACUUCUUCUCCAAACACCUCUCAACUCUCCACCACCACUUCCGCCGCCGCCGCUGCUGCCCUACCAAACUACAGCAUCCACACAAAUACUAGUACAUAUUAAGUUUUCUUCAUAAUAACAAUAUACUGUAUAUCCAGCCUGUAUACUGCAUCGAGAUAAUUGGUGGAGUAUAUAUAUGGAUGAAAUGUAUGGGUUUCAUUCGGCGGGAGAUUACUAUGUUGACAAGGCGUUGAUGUUUCCGGAAAAUAUGAUGAUGCCGGAGGACUACAAUCACUACCACUACCACUACCAUUCUCCGAUCAACUCUAUCGCCGGCGACCACUGUAUUCGGACUCCGAUGUUGUUUAAUUCUGAUGAAUUGGGGUUCCAGUGCUCUGUCGUAUCUCACGAUUCCGCUUCUGUGAAUGUCCAGAAUCAAAUAGAUGAGGAUGAUUCCAGUUUGAUCAAGGCCAAAAUUGCUUCACAUCCUUCCUAUCCCAAAUUGCUCCAUGCCUAUAUUGAUUGCCACAAGGUUGGAGCUCCCCCAGAAAUAGUGUCUGUGUUGGAUGAGAUCAAGCGAGAAAACGACUUGUGCAAACAACACGCUGUUUCCCUUUGCACACAGACUGAUCCUCACCUCGACGAGUUCAUGCAAUCCUACCGCGACAUACUGGUCAAGUACAAGUCGGAUCUGUCGCGGCCUUUCGACGAAGCAACCUCUUUCCUCACCCAGAUUCAAACACAGCUCCUCAAUCUUUGCAAUGAUGAUGGAGAAGGAUCGGUGUGGUCGGAGGGGGAGUUGAUACAAAUGCAAGAUGCAGAGACGAAGAGGGAAGAUCGGCAGUUGAAGGAUAAGCUGCUGCGGAUGUACGGCAGCCAUAUCAGCAGUUUGAAGCUUGAAUUUUCUAAGAAGAAGAAGAAAGGGAAGCUGCCAAAGGAGGGGCGCCAGACUUUGCUCGCUUGGUGGAAUUUGCACUCCAAUUGGCCCUACCCUACGGAAUCGGAUAAGAUUGCGCUUGCUGAGACAACGGGUCUGGAUCAGAAGCAGAUUAACAAUUGGUUCAUAAAUCAGAGGAAGCGCCACUGGAAAUCGCCCCACAACAUGCUUGCGGUUGCGGAUAGGAUCACCACUCCACAUUAACAUUUAUCUUUUCUUGUAUAUUAUUCCCAUACCAUAGCAUACUCUCUAAUUUUAAAUAAACUAUACUUUUAUCAUUUUUUGCU